AUGCCUCGACUGUCAUCCCUUGCUCUCGCUGCUUUUACGGCAGUGGCCAAUGGUGUAGCUCUUCAACCCAGAGAGACGCCCGGCCCAAUCAUCAAUUUCGCCAAUAACACCGGAACGCCGAAGCACUUGGCUUCUGGCAUACUGUACGGUCUGCCGGACAAUCAAACCCAGAUCCCCAGUGCGCUACUAAGUGGCUUUGGUUUCAACUAUGGGCGUGCAGCAGGCGCACAAGUUGGACAUGGUUGGAGCUGGAGCCAGCCGGAGUUUGAAGUAGGACACUUAUUCAAAAGUGCGUUGAGCAACUACCAACUUACUCGCUCGCACAACGGAGGUUUCGUUCUGUUGCUAAACGAUCUUUGGGGCUUUGAUACGACUCAGAACUCAUCAUCUCUGGCGCCGGGUGACAAUGGUGACUGGUCAUCAUACGACCGCUUCCUCGCUCGGCUAGUUCAGCUGAUCAAUUCCAACAACAUGAAGGCUGGCCUGGUGAUCGACAUUUGGAAUGAACCCGAGGGCUCAGCGUUUUGGAACAGAAGCAUCGACCAGUGGCUUGCGAUGUGGGGACGUGGACAAGCGUUCGGAACGAAUAGUGUCCUCCUUUCGGGUCCAACAACAGCUGGUCAGCCUUCACUCUCCUACAACUGGUGGUAUGAGUGGGCUUCCUUCGUGAGCAGCAACGCGUCUGUUCCCGAUCAAUACGUAUGGCACGAAGAGGCCGGUACUGGCUCUUCACUUUCCAAGUCCUACAACGGCCUGACCCAGAUCCAAGCGAAGUACAAGCUUCCCAAGAAGCAGAUCAAUAUCAACGAGUACGCCAUCUACAAUGAAGAAGUGCCCGCCGGCUCGGCCUUCUGGAUCUCCCAGCUUGAGCGUAUCAAUGCCAUUGGCCUCCGCGGCAACUGGCUCGGCGGAACAAAGCUCCACGACUUUGCCGCCUCCCUACUGUCAAAGCCUGACCAAAACAAUUAUGCCGCCACAGGGUAUUUCACCAACGGCGACUACCAGGUUUAUAAGUACUAUUCGCAGAACAUGACAGGCUCUCGCUACGGCACCAGCGUCUCUCCCGAUGGUAUCAUGGAUGCUUAUACAACAGUCGACUGCGGCCAUGUCCGUUGUCUGAUGGGCGUGCGACCUCCAGCUACAGGGACAUACUCAGUCACCUUCAAUAAUCUAUCGAGUUUGGGUCUGCGAACCAGUGGGUCAAUCAGUGUUCGCACCUGGAAAUUCCCGGUUGCGUCCGAUGUACACUUCGGCCGAGUCGAUGCCCCGAUUGACCUUGGAACGCUAUCGCAUUCAUACUCUAAUAACCAGCUUGUGCUUCCUUACUAUUCCACAGACAACGUGACCACGUAUGCGUGGGAGUGGCAGGUCUAG